AACGCGAAUAACAAUCGUGGUGCUUACUGAUUUGUUUCCGACGUCUCCGGCUGCAUCACCAUGGAUAUGACAAGGCUAGAAGAAGUUUACAAGAAAUGGGAACAGCGUAGUCUGUGUGGCUGGGGUGAAGUUUCAAAGUCUGCUGAACAUGGAGACAACAAAGACAACAACAGAUUGUCACAGUGGCACACAUCUAAUGCUAAAAAUCGCAAAGUGAAGACCAGAUCUCACUCAUGGAAUUUUACACUUGAAUUGAUACCUGAUUUGGUUUCUUUCAAGACCACUGCACCAGUGUAUGCUGAUCAGAGUCGUGUUCUAAGGCCGUUUAUGGGCAGAUGUUGUACUAAAUGUGUUCCAAUAAGCAGGGGAAUGUUUUAUGACAAUGAUGCCCCAUCUAUGCGGCUUAGAGACUUGCUUAAAGUUCCACCCAGCAGUGGAUUCAUCAGCAGAAGAUUUCCUGUUGUUGCGUAUGAAUAUGGACGCAAACAUUCGUUUAAUUAUCCUCCAUCUGAGAAAGUUAUUACAUCGGUACUCAACUCAGAUAGAGUACAGGCUGCAAUACAAAAAAGUGCAAUGUCAGAAGUUGAUGAUGUUGAAAGUCAACCUGAGAAAUAUCCUAUGGCAUUACAGAAGCACGCAUCAAGAGCUUAUUACUUGUUAUCAACUAUGGUGGCAUCAAUAUCAAAUAAACUCAUAGCUUUCACUGGAUGGUUUCUACUUAGAGUACUGUGUAAUUUCAUAUCUGGUAUACAAGUACAUACUGGUCAGAUGGCGAUGGUAAAACAAGCCUCUGAGAAAGAUAUUCCAUUGAUUUUCCUACCAAUACAUAGAAGUCACUUAGAUUAUAUAUUAAUUACAUAUAUACUACAUCAGUAUGACAUUAAGUCUCCCCAUGUGGCAGCUGGUGACAAUCUCAAUAUACCCAUCUUUGGUUGGAUUUUGAGACACCUAGGGGGUUUCUUUAUCAAGAGGAAACUGGACAAAGAAGAUGGCAAGAAAGACUGGGUGUACCGAGCAAUACUUCAUAAUUAUAUGUUAGAAGUACUCAAGCAAAACCAGUCAUUAGAGUUUUUCAUUGAGGGAGGUAGAUCAAGAAGUGGAAAAGCUUUGAUGCCAAAAGGAGGAUUGUUGUCUGUUGUGGUAGAUGCAUAUAUGGAUGGUACUAUAAGUGAUGCAUACAUUGUACCAAUUGGUAUCAGUUAUGAAAAGAUACUUGAAGGAAACUUUAACAGAGAACAAAUGGGUAAUCCUAAAGUAAAAGAGUCCUUUUUGUCUGCCAUACAUGGUGUAUACAAAGUUCUUCGUGGUGACUAUGGUACUGUCAGAGUGGGCUUUGCUGAACCUUUCUCACUCCAGGAGUACCUGCAAUCUGCUCAACCGUACAGUCCAUUAUCAAGUGAUCUGACUUGUAAUGGUCCUCGAAGUCCUAAAAUGAAGUCAGUUGGUAGUGAUAACUCAAUAUAUGGUACUGAUAUUGUGAGAGAUGAUCUCAGAACCGUUAUUAAAGGAUUAGCUGAUCAUGUUAUCUAUGAUGCAGUCCAUACACAGUCUAUAAUGAGUACCAAUCUCUUGUCAUUUCUACUUCUCACUAAGUUCAGACAGGGUGCUACGAUAGAUACAAUAUCUGAAAGCUUUGAAUCUGUACGUCAACAAAUCAUAGCUCAUGGACGUGAUGUGGGUUUCAGCGGCAAGGCUGCAGCCAUUGUCAACUAUGCAAGUCAUCUCCUAGGAGACAAUCUAGUGUCCAGAAGGAAAGGCAAGAUUACGGAUAAAGCUGUUAGUGAUGCUGAUGAAAAAGAAUGUGUGAUGGGUGGACCAACAGGAAAUGAUAUGUUGAUACCUAAUACAUGCUUGCCAGAUAUUUUUGAGCUAUCCUACUACAGUAAUCCUGUGAUAUCUGUGUUCUUGAUGGAAGCAGUUAUUGCCACUGCCAUUAGUGCUGUGAGUGAGCAUAAUUUACAAAUACAACAUGGUCAUGAAGACUACAUUACAGUAUCAAGAGAUGCCUUGGUACACAAAGCUACAGAACUAUGUGAUUUACUGCAAUUCGAAUUUACAUUUAUUCCACCAUGUGGUAGUCUACAAACCAUUAUCAUUGAUGCAUUGGAACGUUUAACAUCAUCUGAAAUCAUCCAACAUGAAGAGCCAAAUUCAACUUGUCUGAAUAGCCAAGAGAAAAGCUGGGCUGAUAGAUUGGUAUCAAGUACAUCAUGGAAAGAUGAAGAUGAUGAACAAAUACAGCCAGAUCAACUGUUGAGGAUCAGUUUAUCUGCUGAACAUGUUGACAAAUUGACAUUCCUGCAAAGCAUGCUGGGACCAUUGAUAGAAAGUUAUUGGAUUGCUGCAUGUAAUUUAAUACGUUUAAUGGAUAGAGAUUUACCUGAGGCUGAGUAUACAAGUAAACUUCUAUGCUUUGCCAAGGAACGAGUCUACAAAGGUCUCUCUAGCUAUGCUGAGAGUUGUGCACUGGAAACCUUGAAGACAACAAUACGACUGUUUAUUCACUGGAAAGUACUUGAUGUAUACCACGAUGCAGCCAAUAAGAAAAUGAUCCAGCUCAAAGAAUCUUACAGGGAAGAAGAGAAAUUAAACGCACUCAUUGACAAAAUAGAAGAUUUCAAAUUAUAGAGAGAUACAUUGCAUCAGUGAGUAAUACGUCCUACGAUAUCAUUUUAUACUAAAUUUGUUUAGAUGAAAUGUACAUUGUUAUAAAAAAAACUUAUGGAUUUAUGAUCUUGGAAAUCUUUGGAAUGUAAUUUUUUGUUUUCUUUUUCUUUUGUGUACAUAGGUUGAACUAUUUCUCUUUAUUUGUUUAUAUCAAAAAAAUAGUAAGGUGAAAGUAUUCAUGAAACACAGCUUCUUUUAGUAUAUUAACCUCAUAUUUCUUUGCUUUGGGAAUAUUAGUCGCGAUCAGAUGAAGUUAAACUGUGCCUAGCCAAUAGGGCUGUGUUGCCAAGAUUUCAUUUUCCUGAGGGUAAUGUCCCAAUCUCCUGUUACUCUGCUAGAAUCGCUAUAGUAUAGUAUCAGCUUGUACCACUUGGUGAUACUGUAAAAUGACUAAUUUUCACCGGGUUUAAAUUUCACUGAUUUAGCGUUUCAGGCAUAUUUAGUUGGUUUAAAAUUCACGGUUUUAUUAUUUGAAUAAUGUGUUCUAUGCUCAAUUUUACAUAUUCACUGGAUUUUAAUUUUCGCAUUUUCCAGUCAGCGAAAAAAGCCAAAUUAAAACCCAGUGAAUAAUUAACCCCUUUACAGUACCUUAUCAAGAAUGUUACUAACUCAUUUUUUUCAAUACACGAGAUCAGUGUAACAGAUGCAUUAUCACUCACAAAUUUAGAAAAUAAUAGGUUAAAAAUUGUAAUGGGUUGAGAAUAAUAGGGACUAUUCACUAUCAUUUGAGGUUUGCAAUGCAAUGUAUUUCAUCAUCAAGGUACUGAGCAGUGUACUGUAUUUGCUCUAUUAGAAGCACAUCACCCAUAAAAACAUAUAUAUACCCAAAAUUGCAUUUAUUGUUUACUGAAUCAAUAUUAUAUUCCUUGUUUUGACCAUAGAAAUACACUACUAAUAGAACAAAUACAGUAUGUCCUUUAUUUUGUACCAGGUACCUACAUAUGCUGUAGAGCUACCCAUUAAAGACAAAUUGUACAGUUUCAAUAUAUGUAUACAAAGUGUAUAUUUUUCACAUCUCUCACAGUAUUUUCUGUGUCAUUUUGUUAUAUUUGAAUUAUUAAUAAUU